GCACUAUCAUUUUAUUCUGAUCAUUCUCUAUAUAUAAAUGUAGUGGUCAGCAAGAUUUUCCAAUUAAAAUGGUACAUUUAUACUGUUGAAAAUAUGGUAGCGAAGAUUGUUUCUAUAUUUUACUGAAUUAAGACAUACCUUUAUUAAUGUAUAUUAAAUGUAAAAUUCAUCAUCAUCAUCAUUUAAUGUCCUUCCAUACUGGCAUGGGUUAGACAGAUUGAAAGAAGCUGGCAAGUCCGAAGAUUAUGCCAAGCGUUAAAUUUAUAAUAAUGUUUAAGGUGAUAUUUUUUUAAAGGUAUUUCAGCAUCAAUUAAUAAUGAAAGAUGAAAACUGACAUUACAGUUGGACAGGUAUGGAGAAGAGGACAGAGGUGCAAUUAAUAGCUCAACCUACUUGAUGGCAGAGAAAGAAGUGGAGCAUUUGGUUAAACUCAGCCUCAGAAUUUAAGCAAAUAAGGGGAUAGCUGAUUUGAUGAGAUGAAGAAAAAGAGAAAUUAAGGUUAUCAGAUAACAUUGAGAUUAAAAUAUUUCACAGAAGACUGAAAAUAACUUCAUCAACCUAAUGUUAAGUAUUUUCUAUAACUCUUGGUUGAAUGGAUGUGAAAAAAUUUAUUUGGAACUAAGAAUAUUUGUAAAAGUUACAACACACGUUUACUGGACAAUUUUCUGUACUUCGAGGAUUUACCAUGAAUUUUUAACAGUCUUAUGUGUAAGGAUUUUAAUAUCUGGAUAUAUUUUGUCAAUUGGAGCUAGUUUAAUAAUGAUCCUUUAGCUACUGGUUAUUAAUUUACAAAAUUCUGUCUAAUAAAUUUACCUGAAGUUCUUUUUCAAGAGCCAAAACAUCAUUAGGCUUUAAUAAAAACCAUCAUACAGAGAAAAUAUUGAUUAAAAGAGAAAAGUUAUGGAUGAGACAACUGAGCCUGAAGCAACUGAUUCAUCUAAUCAGACAGAAGAACAUACAGAGGUGAAAUUGCACCCUUGUGAUAUAUGUUGGAAGUUAUUCACUUCAAAGAAAUUGUUAUCUUCUCAUAAAUGUAUUCACACAGGCAAAAAACAACAUCAGUGUGAUAUUUGUGGUAAAACAUUUGCUCAGAGUAGUCAUUUCUCUCGACACAAACGCAUUCACACAGGAGAAAAACCAUACCGCUGUGAUAUUUGUGAUAAAAGUUUCUCUCAAAAGUAUAAUUUCUCUCAACACAAACGUAUUCACACUGGGGAGAAGCCAUACCAUUGCGAUAUUUGUGGUAAAGCAUUCUCUGAGAAUGGUGGUUUAGUCGCCCAUAAACGUAUUCAUACAGGAGAAAAACCAUACAAAUGUGAUAUCUGUGAUAAGGCAUUUUCUGUGCCUGGCAAUUUGGUUACCCACAAACGUGUUCACACUGGUGAAAAACCGUAUCAGUGUGAUAUCUGUGGUAAAUCCUAUUCUGGAAGUUCUAACUUGUCUACACACAAACGUACUCACGCAGAAAAGAAUCCAUACCACUGUGAUAUCUGUGACAAAUCAUUUUCUGGAAGUGCUGCUUUGUCUCGCCACAUACGUCUUCACACAGGAGAAAGACCAUAUCACUGUGAUAUCUGUGAUAAAUCAUUCUCUCAAAUUGCACAUUUCUCUCGACACAUACGUAUACACUCAGGGGAAAGACCAUAUCACUGUGACGUAUGCGGUAAAACAUUCCCUGAAAGUGGUCAUCUCUCUCGACACAAACGUAUUCACACAGGGGAGAAGCCAUAUAAUUGCGAUGACUGUGGUAAAGCAUUCUCUGAGAAAGGUCACUUAGUUGACCACAAACGUAUUCACACAGGAGAAAAACCUUACCAUUGUGAUAUUUGUGGUAGAGCAUUUGCUCUUUCAAGUACUUUAGUUUCCCACAAACGUAUUCACACAGGAAAGAGACCAUACUACUGUGAAAUCUGUGGUAAAACAUAUUCUGAAAGUGCUGAUUUGGUUCUCCACAAACGUAUUCACACAGAAGAAAGACCAUAUGACUGUGAUAUCUGUGGUAAAACAUGUUCUGGAAGUGCUAAUUUGUCACGUCACAUACGUAUCCACACAGGAGUAAGACCAUACCAUUGCGAUGUCUGUGGUAAAACAUUCUCUCAAAGUGGUCAUUUCUCUCGACACAAACGUAUUCACUCAGGAGAAAGACCAUACCAUUGUGAUAUCUGUAGUGAGACGUUUUCUAGAAGUGAUAAUUUAACUCAACACAAACGUAUACACGCAGGAGAGAAACCGUAGCUAUGAUACAUUCUUAAUAAACUAUUUUCUACAAAUAACUCUGUUUUGUCAUUAAUUUGAGUAUAUGGAUUUUAUAACACUACUGUCCUUUUUUCUUCACCAUCAUU